AUGCCUGAGCCUACAAGUCAAGUGGAUUUUGAUUCUAGUGCAGCAGAGAGGGAGUUUUUUGAAGCUGCUCGAGUAUACGUAAUCGUACUUAGGAUACGUACAAGCUUCCGUGUUAAAGAUUGGAAGGAACUAGAGGCUUUUAUGAAUGGUAGUCAUGGUCGGGCUUUCCUUGUGGCGCCUGUAAAGAACGGAACAACAUGUUCGCUGUUAAGAAGCAGAUUACACGAUAUACUUCCACUGGAGACCUUCAAGCGUUAUGAUAGUCCUGGUCUUCGGGGCGGAUUCGAUGAAGAUAGCAUCUUGCUGGAGACACCUAGACACUGCAUGCCGUACGUGUAUUUGUCAUUGUCAGACCAGGUGUUCCAGAGGAGAGGGGGAGAGCGACGGGGAAUGUUGUUGUACGCAGCAGAGGAUCAUGUCUUCGACUUUCUCGAUCAAUUUUGGUCGGAGCGUCACGAAAACGCCUCGAAACAGGCAAAACAUGCUGGUUUCGAUAUUUUGGUCCACAAGCUUUUGAUCUCAUACAUGACGUCCGUCAUUGGACAGGCAAAGAAAAUUGACGCGAAUAUUCGCCUUGUGGAAGCAGCCUUGGAAACAAGAGACUCGAUAAGUCUGAGCGACCUGCUUCAUCAACUGAACAUUAGUAGCAAUAUGGCCAAUGCCUCAACCUUUGAUCAACAGGCACUUUUCAGCAAAAAAGCAUUCGAUUGGAUAAUCGCAUCUAUGGACAGGUCGAACCAUAUUCCUCAGGCUCAACAGUUGCAAGAAGUGAGUGAGUCAAUGGAAGUAUGGCAGCCGAGCAGGAUGAAAGAACGUAUCUCGGAGCUGCGUGUACAUGUCGAUCAUAUUAAGAUCGAGCUACGACAAAAACGAGAAGAAGACCGGCAGAAGCGGGAAGACGCUCGACAAGAACGAGAAGAAAAACGAGCAGUAAACGAAGCGAAGCUUCUCGCACAGAGCAUCAGGAUCGCGGAAGAAACACAACGAGACAGUCGUACUAUGCGAGGCAUAGCCUGGGUUACUAUUGCCUUUCUCCCCGCGACCUUCGUCUCAUCCUUCUUCGGUAUGAACUUCUUCAACGGCAUCGCCGGAAACGUUCCUUUCGAUGAAGCAAGUCGUAACGUGUGGCUGUUCUUUGUGGUAGCAGUGCCUGUCAGUGCCAUCGUUCUGUUCACGUUCUAUUUCUGGGACAAGCAUGAGCAGAUGAACGAUAACCUGAGGUUGAAAGGGUCGAAAGAUGGAAAUGAGCUGAGGUUAAUGCAGGCGGAGAUGGACUACUUGAUGGAAGAAAAUGGGUCACGGUAUACUCUGUAG